UGAGUUUUAAUAUUUUCAGAAUUAAAGGAUGGAUGUAAUUAAGGAAGAUAUCUCCCGUAUCAAGGUCCCAGGACCAACGGAUAAAGUUUUUAAGGACGAAUGUUUGUACAGUUUCGACAACCCGGAGUGUAAGACAGAUCUCAACAGAUUUCUUGGAAUAGGAGAAAGGUAUCUCGAGAAAUACUCCAAGAGAACAGACAACAGAGUUUUUCUUCACAUUAAGCGAACAAAAAAGGAAGUAGAAGAUAAAGAAGUCCCUGAGAAGGUAUCUCGCCUCGCUAUAAAUAUGGAGGGAGGGUUCAGUACUGAAAACAAAGAUUCCUGGGAUGAAACUACAAGAAUAGUUGUUUGGCCGAGUAUGGCCAGUGUAGAGCUAAACAACCCUGAUCUCCCUAUGCAAGCAAACCUGUCUACUGCCGGGAUACUCACCGCUAUAUCCGCCACUAAACAGGCUCAGGUUGAUGCUGCUACUGGAACUUGGGACGGAGAAGCUCUGGUUGUGUCUAAACAUGCGGAGACGUUAGUCCAGAACCCCAAUCCUCCUGUAAUUCCUUCAAGUGGAUGGAAAUGUGGGAAAUGUGAUCUAAACUCAAAUCUGUGGCUGAAUCUGACCGAUGGUUCGGUUCUCUGUGGACGUAAAAAUUUCGACGGCAGCGGUGGAAAUAAUCACGCGGUUGAACAUUUUAAAAACAAAGAUGGCGGAGGACCACUGGCGGUCAAGCUUGGCACAAUCACCAGGGACGGGAAGGGUGACGUGUAUAGUUACGACGAAGAUGACAUGGUUCUGGAUCCAUUCCUGGAGAAACAUCUUUCUCACUUCGGUAUUCAGAUCGGAUCUUGUGAGAAGACAGAUAAGUCUAUGGUUGAGCUUCAGAUCGAGAUGAAUGAGAAGAUUGGAGAAUGGGCCGUCCUGACCGAGUCUGGGACCAAACUCCAGCCUGUCUGGGGACCCGGAAAAACGGGUUUCCACAACCUUGGAAAUACUUGCUAUCUUAACUCUCUACUACAAGUUAUCUUUAAUAUCCCGGAGUUUGGAGAAUGUUACAAGAACCCAACCUUCUUGGAUAGAUGUGAUCUCCAGAACCCAGAUUCUGAUCUUAAACUUCAAAUGUCGAAACUCUGCCACGGUCUUCUCUCCGGAGAUUAUUCCAAAGGAACGGAGGAAGUGAGUGAAAGUGUUCUACGCGAUGAAGGUUCCCAACCUGGGAUCAAACCUUUGAUGUUCAAGAACCUGAUUGGACGGGGACACGCUGAGUUCAGUAGCACCAGGCAGCAGGAUGCUCAAGAGUUCUAUCUCCAUCUGAUGACGCAAUUGGAGAGAUCUCAUCACUCCCAUCAAGUUCCAUCUCCGAGUAAUAUCUUCAAGUUCUGUGUUGAAGAUAGGACGGAGUGCGCGGGUCAGGUUCAGUACAAAACCAGACACGAAUUCUUCCUGCCUUUCAAUAUCCCUCUUGAAGCUUCAACAAACCUCGCGGAGGUCGAGGCUUUUCAGGCGAGGAAGACUGAGGCUGAGGCCAAGGGAGAGAAGGUCCCACAGGAGGAGGAGGUUCGACAUAAGAUUAAUUUCAGCUCCGUCCUUGAAUCUUUCCUCGGAGAGAGUAUUAUUGACGAUGUUUACUCUCCAGCUCUGGGUUGCAAGGCUCAAGGAAAGCAGACUGCAAGGUUGAAAACCUUCCCUGAUUAUCUUCUCAUCUCUCUCUCCAAGUAUCAGGUGGACAAGAGCUGGCAGCCUGUUAAACUUAACGUUGAGGUUGAUAUGCCUGAAGAUUUGGACCUAAACCUACUAACCGGAGCUGGAGUUCAACCUGGAGAAGUUCUAAUGCCGGAGCAGGUGAACGAACCGGUAGCUGAGGAGGUGUUUGUGAACGAGGAGGUUGUCAACCAGCUUAUGGAAAUGGGGUUCUCCCGUGAAGGAUGUAAGAGAGCAGUUCAUCAUACCAAGAAUGCCGGGGUGGACGCUGCAAUGGCCUGGGUUAUGGAGCAUAUGGCAGAUCCAGACUUUAAUACUCCGUUCCAGACCGGAGGAGGGGUAAAGAGCAAGGAUGUGAUCGUAUCUGACGAGAAUAUAAUGAUGGUGAGCUCCAUGGGGUUUUCCACCGACAUGGCCAGGACUGCGCUCAAGAAAACGGACAAUAACGUGGAGCGCGCAAUCGAGUGGAUUUUCAGUCAUCCUGACGGAGACACUGAACCCACCGCGGUAGAACCUUCUCCACGUGGAGAUGAGAGGAAUCAAGGACUCACAGACGGAGCGCCAAGGUAUUCUUUGCUGGGUUUUAUCUCUCAUAUGGGCACCUCCCCUCACUCCGGGCACUAUGUGUGCCACGUGAAAGACGAGAAGAUGGGACGCUGGAUCAUCUUUAACGACAACAAGGUCGCUAUCAGCGAGAAACCACCCAAAGAAUUUGGAUAUCUGUACUUUUAUAAACGAGUCAAAUAAAUCCCGUGUUAUAAUUGUGAUUAAAUAAAUUAUUUAACAUGUUAAA